AUGGCUGAAGUUACGGGCAAGGUAGAUUUCAAAGUCGGAGACGACACGUACCAGACUUGGUACAAAAUCGUCGGCGAUCUCACUUCGGGUGCCCACCCUCUCAUCGUGCUGCACGGCGGCCCCGGCGUCUCGCAUGACUACAUGACACCUCUCGCUGAAAUUCACAACAAAUGUAACAUCCCUGUCGUCUUUUAUGACCAGAUCGGCAUCGGAAAGUCCUUUUUUGAAGGUGUGGCGGACAAGCCAAAAGAGUUUUGGACUGUCGAUCUCUUCAUGGAUGAGCUGGACAACCUUGUUGCCCACCUUGGUGUCCAGAAUGGCUUCGCUCUUGUAGGUCACUCAUGGGGAGGGAUGCUAGGGGCGCACUAUGCCAGCCACAGACAUCCUGUGGGUCUCAAACACCUCGUCAUCACCAGCGGAACGCCGUCCAUGGCACUGUGGGAACAGAGCACCCGCCAGCUGCUGCAAGCGCUGCCAGCGGAUGUGAGGGAGACGAUUGAGAGACACGAAAAAGAGGGGACAACGGAUAGUCCUGAAUAUGAAAAAAUGGUAGGGAUCUUCUUUGAAAAGCACGUUUGCAAGAGCCCCUGGCCAAAGGUGAUGGAGACGUCCUUUGCGGCCAUGAUGCAACAUCCCACCUCAGAGUUCACGAUUACGGGAACGCUGAAGUCAUGGUCGUGUCUGGAUCAGAUUCACACAAUCACGACUCCUACUCUGCUCACCAACGGUGUGAUGGACGAAGCGCAGGACGUCUGCAUCAGUCCUUUCUUCCAGAGAAUCCCGCAUGUGAAGUGGGCGCAGUUUUCGCAGCGUCACAUGCCAUUUUUGGAGGAGGAGGACCAGGCGAGAUACUUUCAAGUGGUGGCUGAUUUCUUGACAUAUGCUUGAAUAGUCAAAUCUUGUAAAAUCUAACACUGAAUGCAUGAGAAGGAAUGUCCAGUGAUUUGCACCUUCCACGGGUUCAGGGAAGGAUCUCAAGGCGUU